AUGGAAGACUUGUCAACGCAAGAAAUGCAUCACUUAAUUCGGCAGAAAUUACAAGAAUUGUUCUCAAUAUGUGAUCCAGAUAAUCAGGGCUAUAUCACACUCGAUGAUCUAUUAGUUCAAAAAGAUCAAUUAUCUAUUCCAUCGGAACAAAUGGGUAUUAUAUUUGAGGCAUUAGAUAAAGAUGGGCAGGGUUACCUGACGAUGGAAGCAUUUGUCGAUGGCUUAAGUACUUAUUUGAGCCAAAAUUUAGGUGGUGGUACUCAAUCUCAUGGCCAAAAUGAAGCAAGUACGGAUGAUAAAGAACACGCGUUGCCAAAUGUUGAAAACAUAAACCAAGAACAGGAGUUAACCACGUAUAGAAAUCAUAAUAUAAAUAGCCUCAUCGCCAAUGCUGAGUCGGCAAUCGAUCAGGAAGAUACCGUCUUUGAAUGUGAUUUAAGUGGCGAUGCAACAACAGAUGCUGAAAUUGAGGAAUUUCUAUCGGAAAUGGGAAUGAGAAACAAUGCAAAGGAUAUCCAUUUGAUUGAUUUUUUUUUUCUGGGACCCUUUGAAUCGAAUGAAGCUAUUGUGGAAAUAAUUCGAUAA